AUGCCCACCAAGAAUGCUACUGAUGACCGUCUGAGCAAGUUCAAGAACAAGGGAAAAGAGCCGUCGGUAAGGCAGAUCCGGAGCCUUUGAUUAUCUAUACUGUCGAGUUAACGUUACUUUGAUAAAAGGUCCGUCCCUUUAUUUUUGUUCCGCAUUCUUUUUCCACGCUUCGGGUUGGAUCUUUCCCCAUCCAACUCCGUGAGCACAGGAUGGCAGCACGUAUAGCCUUCAAUCGUAAUGAUUUUCCAAAAAUUAGACUUAAUUAGUUUUUUUUAUUGAAUACGUUGUAACUUGAUAUCAAUGUCGUUGAUCUGCAGAAGCUCCGUGAGCGGCGGAUAGCGGAGUGCGUGGAGCUGCGGAAAGCCGCGAAGAACGAAAACUUUCUCAAGAGGAGGAACAUCUCCACUCUACCGGAGGACGAGGACCUGUCACCACACUUCAACACAGACGACUACAAGGUACAGAUUUGAUGACUUGUUACAGUAAAGGUUAUAGUUCUCCCAAAUUACAAUUUGACAUCAUUGGUUUCAUUUCACCCAGACUGUAAAGUCUAUGGACAAGGUAUGACGCCGGCAAUGCGUAGUGUAGUUUCCCUGGCACUGUCUCCACAUUAACUUUUUUUUAGCAACAAUUGUACUACAAAUCCCAUUUAAUAUUGACCUAUGACUUUAAUUGGAUUUGUGCACUAAUGCUCAAACGUCAGCGUGUGGAAACAUUUCUGGGGAAACUAAACCAUGGAUUGCUGGCAUACUGUACCUUAAAGUAAUCACUAGGUAACAGUCAUAUUUGUGGCCUACAAUCAAAUGGUUGGAGGCUAAUGUGUUGACAACCCUUCAUCUGUGUAGCGCUUACAAUAUGGGAUGUCAAUGUAGGCUACAUAAGGUCGUUAUAGCUUUUGUCACGGCAUCUCCAGGUGAUUUCAGACUGAGGAUAUUGUUGGCUUUUAAUCAAAGUCAAAACGGUCCAUCCCCUAAUAACACCCUUUUCUGUAUGUAGUGUACUACUGGCUAUAUGGACGCUAGUCAAAAGUGUGAUAUAAUAGGAUGCUGUUUGGGACACAGAAUUGUAUGGUGGCUGGGUUGGUCAAUUUCAAUUCAGGAAGUAAACUGAAAUUCCUAUACACAAAUGUUGUCUGAGUAUCGUGGGGAUUCUGAAUUUGAAAAUGAUUUGACCCCCCCUACCUCUGCAAGGGUAUUUUGUAGAAGUGUGGUUAUUGUACCUUGUGUCAUGACACUUGGUUGUAAUGCUUCAUGAUGUCUCCAGGUGACUCUGACUACCAUCAAGGAAAUUGUUGGUCAUGUGAACGGCGACUGUAAGGAGAGACAGACUCGAGGAUGCCAGGCUGCCAGGUGAGAUGGACCGGAGAUGGGUUGAUCCCUUAGGUAACUGAACCUGACUUUGGUGUUGCGAGCAGCACUGUUACCCACUGAGCCACAACUUAUUUUGGUUGUGUUGAAGUGUUUUUGCAGCAGUCUCAUCUAUCGCAUUGUUUUAGUCUUUGCUGUGCAUCUCGAUCACCUGACCUGUCUAGUGAUGGCUGGAAGGUAGUAAGGGUAUUGGCAAGGUCCUGUCCACUGGCAAGCGACCGUUGCAACAUUGGUGAUUGUCUCUAAUACAUCAAUGAUAAUGGCUGACCAAGUGGGGAAGCGACGACGUUGGUGAUUGUCGCCAGUAUGAAGAAUGUAUGCACUCACUAGCUAUAUGAUGUAAAUGUAAUACAUCAACGAUAAUGGCUGUCCAAGUGUGGGGAAGGGAUACCUAGUCAGUGGCACAACUGAAUGCAUGCAUUAAUUAAUUACAGGAAUAGGUUGGUUAGAUCUACAGGGACUAGGGUUACUCAACUCUUCUUCUCUUCCCCCCCGUAGGAAGCUGCUGUCCCGGGAGUGUAAGCCUCCGCUGAAGGAGAUUGUGGAGGCAGGGCUGCUGUCCAGAUUUGUUGAGUUCCUAGGGAGAGAUGAUGACCCCAGUCUGCAGUUUGAAGCCGCCUGGGCUCUAACCAACAUUGCCUCAGGGACCUCCUGGCACACACAACAGGUUCAUAUACACACGGCCCUGAGCUUUCACCAUCGCUUCAGCUAGCUAUGGCUCUGCCGACCUGGUGGUGAACGACUACUAUACUGAACAAAAAUAUAAAUGCAACUUGUGAAGUCUUGGGCCCAUGUUUUUAUGAGCUGAAAUCAAAGAUUCCAGAAAUGUUCCAUACGCACAAAGCUUACUUCUCAAAUGUUGUGCACAAAUUUGUUUACAUCCUUGUUAGUGAGCCAUCUCAUUUGCCAGGAGGUAAUCCAUCCACCUGACAGAUGUGGCAUAUCAAGAAGCUUGAUCAUUACACAGGUGCACGUUGGGGGGAAAAAAGGCCACCAAGACUGAUUUCCUUAUGAACUAUUGUGUAUUUAACUUUCCAAACUGUUGCACUGCUAGGUGUCCUCUAGAUGGCACAAGUGGUGCCAGCCCUGAUGAAGCUGACUGGUGUAACGUCUCCCUCUACAGGUGGUGGAGCACGGUGCAGUGCCAGCUUUCAUCGCUCUGCUGGCAUCCCCCAUGUUACACAUCAGUGAGCAGGCUGUCUGGGCCCUGGGAAACAUAGCAGGUAACGCGCAGAGCUGGAGGGCAACUGGGCUGGAACAAAAGCCUGCAUACUAAGACUGUUUCCCGUUUUUCAGGUGACGGUCCGGCGUAUCGAGAUACUCUGAUAGAAUGUAACGUGAUCCCUGCUCUGCUGUCUAGGAUCACCCCAGACACACCUGUAAGUUCAAACACGCACACCUAGUGAUCUCUCUGUAGGGUCCUUAAUGUACUCCUUUACCCUAAUGUACGCCUGGCCAUACCCUAUUGUCUACUUGCAUGUUACAAGUCAUGGUUUGGCUCUACUCACCAGGUGGACCAAGUUCAUAACAUGUUGGAACCAAUUUUCCAUUCUGUUCCUUCUGAACAUGAUGCCGAACAGCAAAAUAAAGUUCUGAACCCGUUUGAAUCUAAGUUACUGUAUAUAUUAAGUUAGCCGCACCAAUUAGAGCCGCUUUCUAUGGAGCAGUCAAGCUAUUUGCAUGCAUUGGCCGGGCGAGAUGCGGCUGAAACUUGGCAGGUGGGGUGAGCGUGGAGGAGGCUUGGCUUUAAGUGCUGGGCGUGGAGGAGGCUUGGCUUUAAGUGCUGGGCUUAUGACAUGCAGGUGGGGUGAGCGUGGAGGAGGCUUGGCUUUAAGGGCUUAUGACAUGCAUGAUCUGAAUUAGGCUUUUGGAAAGGAUUCAGACCCUUUGACUUUUUCCCCGUUUGUUACGUUACGCCCUUAUUCUAAAAUGGAUUAAAAAUCUACACUACCCCCAUAAUGACAAAGCAAAAACCAGUAAUUUUUUUUUGCAAAUGUAUUUUAAACUACCACAUUUACAUAAGUAUUCAGACCCUUUACCCAAUACUUUGUUGAUGCACUUUUGGCAUAGCUUACAGCCGCGAUUCUUCUUGUGUGACUCUACAAGCUUGGCACACCUGUAUUUGGGGAGUUUCUCCCAUUCUUCUCUGUAGAUCCUCAAGCUCUGUCAGGUUGGAUGGGGAGCGUCGCUGCACAGCUAUUUUCAGGUCUCUCCAGAGAUGUUUGAUCGGGUUCAAGUCCGGGCUCUGGCUGGGCCACUCAAGGACAUUCAGAGACUUGUCCCGAAGCCACUCCUGUGUCUUGGCUGUGUGCUUAGGGUCGUUGUCCUGUGGAAGGUGAACCUUCACCCCAGCCUGAGGGCUCUGGAGCAGGCUUUCAUCAAGGAUCUCUCUACUUUGCUCUGUUCAUCUUUCCCUCGAUCCUGACUAGUCUCCCAGUCCCUGUCGCUGAAAAACAGCCCCACAGCAUGAUGCUGCCGCCACCAUGCUUCACCAUAGUCAUGGUGCCAGAUUUCCUCCAGACGUGACGCUUGGCUUUCAGGUCAAAGAGUUCAAUCUUGGUUUCAUCAGACCAAAGAACCUUGUUUCUCAUGGUCAGUCCUUUAGGUGCCUUUUGGAAAACUCCAAGCGGGCUGCCGUCUGGCCACUCUAUCAUGAAGGCCUUAUUGGUGGAGUGCUGCAGAGAUGGUUGUCCUUCUGGUCAGUUCUCCCAGCUCCACAAACUCUGGCGCUCUGUCAGUGACCAUCGGGUUCUUGGUCACCUCCCUGACCAAGGUCAUUCUCCCCUGAUUGCGCAGUUUGGCCGGGCGGCCAGCUCUAGGAAGAGUCUGGGUGGUUCCAAACUUCUUCCAUUUAAGACUGGCGGCCACUGUUCUUGGGGACCUUUAAUGCUGCAGAGUUUUUAAUAUUUUUUGGUACUCUUCCCCAGAUCUGUGCCUCGACAUAAUCCUGUCUCGGAGCUCUACGGACAAUUCCUUCAACCUCAUGGCUUGGUUUUUGCUCUGACAUGCACUGUCAACUGUGGGACCUUAUAUAGACAGGUGUGCCUUUCCAAAUCGUGUCUAAUCAAUUGAAUUUACCACCGGUAGAAACAUCUCAAGGAGGCGGUAGGUAGCCUGGCGGGUAGGAGCAUUGGGCCAGUAACCGAAAGGUUGCAGGAUUGAUUUUCCCCGCGCUGACAAGGUACAAAUCUGUUCUACCCCUGGCAAGGCAGUUAAACUGUUCACCGGGCGCCGACGACGUGGAUGUCGCUUUUUAAGGCAGCCCUCCGCACCUCUGAGAGGGGGUUGGGUUAAAUGAAGACACAUUUCAGUUGAACGUAUAACUGAGUAUCCCCCUCUCCCCAAUGGAAACACGAUGCUCAAUUUCGAGUGUCAUAGCAAAGGGUCUGAAUAAGGUAUUUCUGUAUUUGUAAUGCAUUUCUAAACCAGUUAUUGCAUUAUCAUUAUGGAGUAUUGUUUGUAAAUUUAGGAACACUUUUAAAAUUCCUAUUUUAGAGGAAGACUGUAACAAAGUGGAAAGUCAAGGGGUCUGAAUAUCUUCCGAAAACAGUUUACCUUUGGAAGAGCGGCGUCUAAACUCAGCAAAAAAAAGAAACGACCCUGUCUUUCAAAAAUAAUUAGUAAAAAUCAAAAUAACUUCACAGAUAAUUGUAAAUGGUUUAAACACUGUUUCCCAUGCUUGUUUCAAUUAACCAUAAACAAUUAAUGAAUAUGCACCUGUGGAAUAGUCGUUAAGACACUAACAGCUUACAGACGGUAGGCAAUUAAGGUCAGUUAUGAAAACUUAGGACCCUAACGAGGCCUUUCUACUGACUUUGGAAAAACUCCAAAAGAAAGAUGCCCAGGGUCCCUGCUCAUCUGCGUGAACGUGCCUUAGGCAUACUGCAAGGAGGCAUGAGGACUGCAGAUGUGGCCAGGGCAAUAAAUUGCAAUGUCCGUACUGUGUGAGGCGCUACAGGGAGACAGGACGGACAGCUGAUUGUCCUCGCAGUGGCAGACCACGUAACAACCCCUGCACAGGAUCGGUACAUCACACCUGCGGGACAGUUACAGGAUGGCAACAACUGCCCGAGUUACACCUUGGGAACGCACAAUCCCUCCAUCAGUGCUCAGACUGUCCGCAAUAGGCUGAGAGAGGCUGGACUGUUGUAAGGCAGGUCCUCACCAGACAUCACCAGGCACAAACCCACCGUCGCUGGACCAGACAUGACUGGCAAAAAGUGCUAUUCACUGACUAGUCGCGGUUCUGUCUCACCAUGGUCGGAUUCACACUUAUCGUUGAAGGAAUGAGCGUUACACUGAGGCCUGUACUCUGGCACGGGAUCGACGUGGCGGGUCCGUCAUGGUCUGGGGCGGUGUCACAGCAUUAUCGGACUGAGCUUGUCAUUGCAGGCAAUGUCAACGCUGUGUGUUACAGGGAAGACAUCCUCCUCCCUCAUGUGGUACCCUUCCUGCAGGCUCAUCCUGACAUGACCCUCCAGCAUGACAAUGCCAAACUGCUUGUUCUGUGUGAUUUCCUGCAAGACCGGAAUGCCAGUGCUCUGCCAUGGCCAGUGACGAGCCCAGCUCUCAAUCCCAUUGAGUGCGUCUGGGACCUGUUGGCUCGGAGGGUGAGGGCUAGGGCCACUUGCAGGUGCCUUGGUGGGGUAACAUCUCACAGUAAGAACGGUCAAAUCUGGUGCAGUCCAUGAGGCGACGCACUACAGGACUUAAUGCAGCUGGUGGCCACCAGAUACUGACACUUUUGCUUUUGACCCCCCUCCCCUUGUUCAGGUCCAUUUCUGUUAGUCAUGUCUGUGGACCUUGUUCAGUUUGUCUCAGUAGUUGAAUCUGGUAUAAAUAUUUGUAUGAACAUAUGUUAAGUUUGCCAAUAAACGCUGUUGACCGUGAGGACGUUUCUUUAAAAAAAAAAAUGAGUUUAUGAAAACUCUGUCUUUGAACUUCAGUUGUGUUAAUGUUGGACCGCUAACGUGCAGAUCGGCACCAGAAUAAAAGGGUCUUACCUUUUAUUGUAGUUAAUAAAUCAGCUAGCAUAGAGGAUUGGUUGACCUUUCUUCAAUUUACAAUUAUCUCCUGAUUUCUGAAUCACGCUUGCAAUGUCAGCAGCAUAUGCUUUGGCAGGUAGCCUACGCGCACACUGGCAAAGAUUUUCAGCUGGCAGACAACUUUCUGAGUGACAGUGGGCUUUGCAUUUUGGGGAACUGGGCAGAACUUAAACGUUAUUAACCGGUUCCCGUGCUGCAACAGUAUAGUCUCUCAAAUGGAUUUAGAAAGCCUUUUAUAUCAGGAGUUGUCAGUGCUUAUACAGAAACCCAGCCUAAAACCCCUGAGAGCAGAUGUAGAUCACUUUCAUUCUCAUUCUGUUCUCUGCUCUAGUUACAAGUCAUCUCUCCUCUCCAGGUCGGUUACCUUCGUAACCUGACAUGGACCCUGUCUAACCUCUGUAGGAACAAGAACCCCUUCCCCCCUCUAUCUGCUGUCCAACAGGUAACCUCCACAAACACACUGUUGCACUCCAGUUCUCUACCCCCCCCCCCCCGCCCCCCAUUCAGAAAUAUGCACUUCCUCCCCCAGGUGCUCCCCUCGCUGCUUCAGCUCCUCCACCUGAGUGAUCAGGAUAUCCUGAGUGAUGCAUGCUGGGCCGUGUCCUACCUGACUGAUGGUUCCAACGACCGUAUCGACGUUGUGGUGAAGACCGGUAUUGUCCCCCGUCUGGUCUCCCUCAUGGGCUUCGAGGAGCUCACUGUGGUGGUAAAUAAAGUCAUCUGUCUGGUCUUUUUUAAAGACUAGUGGUCCAUUUACGAUCAGUGAGUUGGAAUUACCCAGAGCUAUAUGAGAUUGACUUGUUUGGUCUUCAGACUCUAAACCACUACAUAGGAAGGCUUCUGUUCCUCUCCCUCUCCAGACCCCAGCUCUGCGCUCCAUAGGGAACAUCGUGAGUGGCUCAGACGUCCAGACUCAGGUGACUAUCCACUGACUGAUGCACUUUAGCGGUUAAAGCGUUUGGCCGAAAGUUCGCUUGUUCCAAGAGGUGACUAGGUGAACAAUCUGUCUGUGCCCUUGAGCAAGGCCUUUAACACUAACUUGCUCCAGAGGUAAAAAGUCCCUGAAAAUAAAAUAAAACAUUUCACUGAACUUAUCCAGUGUGACACUGUUUUAUGAUUACCUGUAAGCUUUAGUAGUCAAUUAAAUUCACUAAGUUACAUUAACUAGAGUAUACUACACUAUGAUUACUACUUGUAAGCUUUGGACAGAGUCAUAAUGAACUUGAAUUAUGAUUUCAUUAGGAUAAAUUAUUUUAUCAUGUGGCUAGAUGAUACUAAACUACCUGUAAGCUUGAAUAACUUUGACUUUAAUAAUUGUAUUCCUGUCAGGUGGCCAUCGAUGCAGGGGUUCUGUCUGCCCUGCCCAGGUUAAUGAGACACAACAAGGCCAGUGUUCAGAAGGAGGCAGCCUGGGCCGUAUCCAACAUCGCUGCUGGUCCCGCUCAACAGAUACAACAACUACUCACCUGCGGCCUGCUGCCCCCGCUUAUUGACCUGCUACGCAACGUUGGUGACACCUUGAUACAGCCGCUACUCACCUGUGGCUUUCAGACCUCUCCUUUGGAACCCCCAGAGUUGUCGCCCUGAACUGGAACAUCAGCUAGUUAAGGGCUUGAUGAUUAGUUGAAUCAGAUUAGCUAGUUCUGGAAUAGAUCAAAUACAUGGAACAGCUGGGGGGGGUCCUGUAGGUUUGGAACAGCUGGCUGGGGGUCCCAGAGAAGAGGGUUGGGAACCACUAGGCUUCUGCCUCCACUUAAAGACCAGAGGGGUGUCCUAUGAAGCUGGCUAACUGAGUUUCAACGUGCUAAACGGUCAUACAAAUGUGGCUGACCUUUUAGACCGGCACAUGUCUAUGGCAACGAGUCCUUCAGAACUAGCCUGCCCUGGUGCAGGUUAACUCCAUUUACCCUGAAUGAAGUGUCUGAGCAAUUAGUUGAAGACUAUCAGAUUAUUUUUGUUAAAAUAUCACAUUUAAUAAUGACAAUGAGCUUUCAACCUCAUGCACAGUAACACUUUUGUUGGGCUUAAUACAAUCGAUAGGAGUGGGAAAAGGUUGUUGUGCGUUGCACGUACGUCGUAGCUUUUAGUUUUGACGUCAGCAUUCGCCUAGCCGUGUGGGACGUGCACAUUACAAUCCUGCUGGCGUCAGCGGCAGGCGGGUGAGCAACAUCCACCGUAUGGAUGAAGCCUGAGCUGGAAUUUGAAGCUGGCUAGCUUUAGAUCUACUCAUGGCUUUAUAACUUGCGUAGCAGUUCACCGCUCUCUCUACGCAAGAUGCCAUCACAGGUGGCAAUUUGAUGGACUCGUCGGGUGUUCACCCUCACAGUUCAUUCACGUUAACUUUUACUGUGAAGGGCAUAAGCACUUACGCUGUAUCUGGUUUCUCAGGGUGAUUCAGUGUGGUCCAUAACUAACGUCACUUAACCCCGUAUCUGGUGUGUUCUCUCAGGGUGACUUUAAGACCCAGCGGGAGGCAGUGUGGGCAAUAACUAACUUCACCAACGGGGGCACUGUAGAGCAGGUGAUCCAGCUCGUCCAAUCAGGAGGCCUGGAGGCCAUCCUCAACCUGCUGACUGUCAAAGACUCCAAGACCAUCCUCGUCAUAAUGGACGCCAUCAACAACCUCUUCAUGGUGAGACACCUAGUCAGAGUUUAGUGUUAGCCUUCGUACUUUCCCUCCCAGGCAGCAGAGAAGCGGUCCGUUUUGUGGAGUCAAACCACCUCCCUCUUCUCUUGUUCCAGGCAGCAGAGAAGCUGGGUGAGACUGAUAAGCUGUGUCUACUGGUUGAGGAGUUGGGAGGGCUGGAUAAGAUCGAGAUGCUCCAGAACCAUGAGAAUGACACUGUGUACCGUACUGCCCAGGGACUCAUAGAGAAGUUCUUCACUGAUGUGAGUAACUCUGAAAUCACCUGGAAUUAGUCACUGAACUGAUGUCCCUUCAUUUGAUGUCUGAAAGUUGUCGACAGUCAAGUCCUUGAUCCCUCAUGUCCCCCUCAGUGCAUCGGAGGCUCAAUGAUAUCUUCCCUCCAACCUCAUUCUCAUUGAGCUUUUGAUUGAGGACUCAAUGAGUUGACUGCUUGUACACUUCAGACAGAGUCCUAGGACAGUCUUAUUGCAUUUUAAUUGAGACACAAUCUGUAGUUUAAAAUCUACACAAUCAGGUCUAACAGACAACAUCUUGUUUUGUUCCAGGAGGAGGCGGAGUGUCUGCAGACUGAAGCCACUGACACGUCCUUCAUCUUCAAGACCCAGGAUGUCCAGAAGACCUUCCAGUUUUAAUACUCCAACAGGAUGUCCAGAAGACCUUCCGGUGUUAAUACUCCAA